CCGGAAUUUGGUGUGCGUGGUGGUGGCGAUGAUGUUUUGACUGCCGCGUUUAAUUUGUUGCAUUUUUCCGGUGCAAAAGUUGAGAUAAAGUGCGUAAAAAUACUGAAAUGCUGCGCGCGAUCACCUUGCGCAGCGAUUGAACCAGGCAACGUGCCAAAGUCCAACGGAAUUGGUCCGCAUAAGUUGAGUUGAAAAUUUCGGUAUUUUUUUGGCUGCCCCGCGAAAAUCAAUCAUCGAUUCCACCCCUGAAAGAGAACCGUCAUCAUCGUCGUCGUCGCGCGUCGCCAUCUACUUUUCACGAAAUGUCUGUGCAAACGUCGUCGCCGUCGCGAAAGAAAGGAAAACAGUGAACCCGAAAAGUGAGCGACGGGUUUUCGCGGAUUUUCACGGUGGUCAUUCGGUCGCCGGAAGUGGAAACCGGUGGCAAAGUGUGCGUCCCGCUGCAGGGCACCGUUUGCGACUGUUUGUCGGGCCGGAUCGUGGGAGGAAAGGGGUGAAAAACGGAUUUUAAAAAAGUGACAAAAGUUAGUUUUUGGUGAUUGAGGAAAACCAAAAAGAUACACACGCAAAUUCUGUCAUUAUCCAAGAGGAAUUGCCAGAACCAGCAGCAGGAGGAGGAGGAGAAGCAGAUUUGGAAGCAGGAGGAACAAGUUGAAGACACCUUUCUGCAAUUAUGGAACGAAUGGAGGUGGACGAUUCGGUGGUCGACUUGAGUGUCGGAUCCGGUCGCGAUUCACUGUCCAUUACACCUGCCACGGCUCGCGAUCUUCGUGCGCUCACACAAAACUCGGGUUUGACGAUAACGCCAGCACUGCCUCCGUCAACGGCAGCCGCUCCAUCGCCGUCUUCCGCUCAGGCAGCCCAGUCAGCCACGUCCGGAAGUACUUCCCCCGUUCCGGGAAGACGCGUCCUGCGACCUCGUACGGAGCCAAAAUCGUACGCCGAAACGCCGGACAUUGUGCUGCUUCCGGCAAAGGUAAACGGAAGGUCGUACAACGGAGCCGCAGCUGCGGCCCUGUCCGAGUCCGAAGACGAUGAGAUGCCCGCGGCGCCGGUCUUCCCGAUCAAGGAGCUGACCGCGGCCGAAAUCUGGGAGCGCGAGCGCGGCCUGCGCAAACUUCGCGAGGAACUCCGCAGCGAAGAAACCAAACUGGUGCUACUGAAGAAGCUCAAGCAGUCCCAACAGGUCAUGAUGAAGGAGAACCUGAUUGUGACGCCCAGCAACGCCAACGCCAUGACCAACAACCCGCUGGCCGGCAUUCCGGCCGCCCUGACGAAGGGCUCGCUCAGCGUAACGCCGACGAACGCGAUGCCGCUGCCGGCGCACUCGAAAUCUUCCAAGGCCGUCACGGCCACCCCGGUCAACCGAGGAUCCCCGAUCAACAUCACGCCGGUAACGAAACCUCCCCAGCGGCAGCCGUCCCUUCCGGGGGGCGCAACGCUCACGCCAAGCACGCCCGGCCAACGUCUUCCGAUGGGGCUGUCCCGUGCCGGCUCGAACCUAACCAUCACGCCGUCGGUAACGAUCACACCCACCAACGCCCCGUCCAGCAGCAAGCAGCGCAAUCUGCCAGGUGGCUCGUCACUGAUGAUGGGAGUCAGCAAUUUAAUGGAUGCUACUGCUUUGAAGGUGCAGUCCGGCCAGAUUAGUAACUCCGUUUCGAUCACCCCGGCGCCGUCGAUUCCGGCCCAGAUCAGCUGCACCACGGUGGAACCGAUCUCGUUGAAGCGCGAUCGUGACUCGAUGCGGGAAGAUCCCCAGUCGCAGGCUCAGCGCCAGGCGGCCGCCAAACUUGCCCUCCGGAAACAGCUGGAGAAGACGUUGCUUCAGAUCCCACCGCCCAAGCCGCCACCGCCGGAGAUGCACUUCAUCCCGAACCCGAGCAACACCGAGUUCGUGUACCUGCUCGGGCUCGAGUACGUCGUCGACUAUCUGACCAAGGACAAAAAGUCGAGCCCGCCGCAGCAGCCGUACCGCUGCGCCCAGUGCAAGAUCGACUUCACCCCGGUCUGGAAAUGGGAAAAACAGGGUAAACGAGGAAAUCCCACUUUUCAGAAUACCCCAGUCGGCAAGGAUCCCAAGGUCAUCUGCGAGCAGUGCGUAACGAGCAACGUGAAGAAGGCGCUCAAGGCCGAGCACACGAACCGCUUGAAGACGGCUUUUGUGAAGGCCCUCCAGCAGGAGCAGGAAAUCGAGGCUCGGCUGGCCACCCAGAGCAGCCCAUCGCCGGUGGACAUCCGUCCGACGCCCUCGUCCACGCCGACCAUGCGCGAACGCGAUCUACUCGAGCAACAACAGCAACAUCAGGCGGCGUUGCAAGCCCAACAGGAACGUCAGGCUCAGCAGGAGCGCCAGCGGGAGCAGGAACGUCAGGCUCAACAGGAGCGACAGGCUCAGGCGCAGGCCAAGGUAAGAACCGCUUGUCAAUAUCUAAUACCUAGACUAAUACCUUCAAUCCUUCCCACACAGCGUCAAAAGGAGCAAGAACUGCGCCACCAGCAGCUGCAGCAACUCCAGCAGCAGCAGCUCCAACAGCAGCUCCAGCAACAACAGCUGCAACAGCUCCAGCAGCAACACCAGGAGCAACAGCAGCAACGUCACCACGCCCAGCUACAGCACGCCCACCUGUCCUCCCAGCCGUCAAAGUCCAAGACGCCUACGCCGACGCCGCGUCCCACGCCAACCCCACCCAGCCAGCAGACCCCACCGCCGUCGUCCAGUUCGCGCUCGAGCCGCCACAGUGCCACGGCGAAUGCCGCGGCCGAAGCGGCAGCCGCCCAGCUUACGGCGCUGGCCGGUCUCGGCGGGCUGGGUCAGCUGGGCGCGCUCGGUGGUCUCAAUCCGACGGCGGCCGCUGCCGCGAUGCAGGCCUUCCAGCAGCAGCUGUUCAGAGGUCUUCAGCAGAAUCUUUCCUCCGGGAAUCUCAACAAUCUGCAAGCUCACAUGAUGCAGUUUUCGCCGCUGCUGUACUCGUAUCAACUGGCCAUGGCCCAAGCUGCCGCCUCAAUAUCGGCAGCCGGAAAGGGUGGCGGGGGUAACAACAGCGGCGGAGGCGGUGGUGGCGGAGGAGGAGGAGGAGGUGGAAACAGCAACUCGAGUGCCGCUGCCGCCGCGGCCUCGCUGGCCGAGAUGCAACGGGCGAUGGAGCUGCAGCGCCAGUAUCUGGAGAUGAUGCCCCAGAGCGGUCAGGGCCCGAGCAACAGCCGCCAGUCGAACUGGAAGUCUUAAGAAGAAGGGGGAGAAUGUGAGAGGACUCUUUUUUUUGUUCUUUUAAUCAUCAUUUGGUUCUGAUGUUGUUUUGAACACACACAAAUUUGUGAGGUGCGGAAGCGACCGUUAUUUUGUAGAAGUUUUACUCGGUUUAGCGUAUCGAUUGACUAUUUUAUAAGUACGCCCAAUGUUGUUUUGCUAGCAGGAUCGAAAGUGACGGUAGACGUUUAAAGUUUUACUUUUUAAACAAUGAGUGAGAUACAAUUAGUAGCGUUUUCAGCACACAAUCGAUUUUGUUUUUUCCUGUGUCAAUCAGGUUUUGAUUAUAUUAUUUAUACGAGUAAAGUUAAUCGAGUGGGCGAGAAUCUAAAAAAAACUUACACCCUCCGGAUAUUAUAAGAAAUUGUGAAUUCAGAAAAAAAUAUUCGUUCAGACAAGACACUUCUUUGUUGGUGAAAUUAUGCUAAAUUUGAAAUAUCUAUAAAUAUCAAUGAUCUUGGAAUUUUCAAUCGCUUUUAUAAAAAAAAACAAAUAAAAUGUUUGAUACGAACUUCGAAAUUCUUCGUAAGAAACUGCAAUUUAUCAAAAAAGAAUGUUGAGAAAACGUAAUUCAGCAGUUUUAAAAACUUCAUGGUGACACGAAAACUUAAACAAAUUUUAAUUUUAAUUAUGUUCACCUGUUUAAACAAUCAUUGCUCAACUAAAAUUUAAAACAGUGGUAUUAUUGCUCAUUAUAAAACAUCCAAUGCAAUCUUAUCUGCAACAAAAGCUCCCUUGCCUCACUAGACUACAAAACUGAAAUAAAAUCAAAAGACUCCCACAGUUGGCAGGUUGGCUUUUGUUACAGAUGACAAGCAGCGACGAUAUUUCAGAAAAGUUCCUUGCGACAGAGGCACCGACGACGGAUUAAUGAGAUCGGAAAUAAAUGACAAAAAAAAAGCAAGCAAAAUACGUAUUCAAAUUUUAAGCAAAUUGCUAUCUACGCCAAAACAAAGGAGCCGCUCGGGCACAAAACGGUGUCACAGACAAAUCUUAACCGUUUUGUGCUCUUGAGGCCCACGAUAAAAAAAAAAGCAAAUCUUUAAGGGAAUUUAGUGAUUUGUAUCAGGUUUGGUUUGCAUAUUUUGCGUGUACAAGCAACAAGAAAAGAGAGACGUAACAACUAUUUUGGAACUGUAAAAUUUGUAAUUGAGGUUGAACGUUUUUGGACAACAAGAUAAAAAAAUUAAACUUAAAAGAUUAUAGAAAUUCAGAGUUUAGGCGGUAAAUAAAAAAUUCUAACGUAAUGAUAAGGCAGCGAAACAAACAAACAAAAAAACACUAAAUUUAAGGCGAACGAAGAAACCAGCGAUAGCGAAAAUUUUAGAAGAUCUAGGGAAACGAAAGUUGUGAAACACACUCUUGUAGGUAUUUUCAGUUUUCAUGUUGAGUGGUGCGAAUCUCGGUUGCAAAUGU